GUCAAUUUUGCCUAGCGUUCUGGCUCUUGCAGCGGGAGUGAAUGCAGGCGGCUGUUGCUUGCGCAUUUUUGUUUCCCUGGGAGUGAGCUUUGUCGCUGAGAAAAUCUGGCUUGUUGCUACAAAGACUAUUGACAUUGGUGGUUUCAGCAGCGGCCGCUUAAGGUAGAGAUAGUUGCUUUCUGCAGAAGUUGCAGGCAUCAUUCCCUAGAAUUGCAAUAGGCUCGGCGCCCAUAGUGGGAGACAUGCCUCGGGGUCGGAAGAGUCGGCGCCGCCGUAACGCAAGAGCCGCGGAAGAGAACCGCAACAAUCGUAAGAUCCAGGCCUCAGAAGCUUCUGAGACCCCGAUGGCCUCUUCUCUGGCCCCAGGCACCCCGGAGGACGACCAGAGUGGCCCUGAGGAAGACCCUAGCACUCCGGAGGAGGCCUCCACUACACCUGAGGAAGCCUCCAGCACUGCUCAAGUACAAAAGCCUUCCGUAGCCCGGAGCAAUUUUCAAGGCACCAAGAAAAGUCUCCUGAUGUCCAUAUUAGCCCUCAUCUUCAUCAUGGGCAACAGCGCCAAGGAGGCCCUGGUCUGGAAAGUGCUUGGGAAGUUGGGGAUGCAGCCUGGCCGGCAGCACAGCAUCUUUGGAGAUCCAAAGAAGGUCGUCACAGAGGAGUUUGUGCGCAGAGGGUACCUGAUUUAUAAGCCGGUGCCACGUAGCAGUCCCGUGGAGUAUGAGUUCUUCUGGGGACCUAGAGCACAUGUGGAAUCGAGCAAGCUGAAAGUCAUGCAUUUUGUGGCAAGGGUGCGUAACCGAUGCUCCAAGGACUGGCCAUGUAAUUAUGAUUGGGAUUCCGAUGAUGAUGCAGAAGUUGAGGCUAUCCUUAAUUCAGGUGCUAGGGGUUACACUGCACCUUAGGGAAAUCUGAAGCAGACACUUGAGGGGGUUGGAAACAGCAUCAGAGGUACCCAAAGGAGUAGAUUAGCUGGGUGCUGAGUUGAACAUGAUGGGAAAAGGGAGACAUUUGGUAUUUGUGAUCAGUGCUAAUUGUUAACUGCAAAAUAUUGUACAAUUGUAUACGUCUUAAUAUAGUGCUGAUGAAGGUCAUAAUAUGAUUAAAAAGAUGAUUACAGAAAGGAUAUGUUUUUUCUUUUUGUCUGUCAUUGAGACUUAGUAUAACAGAUUUGCUACCCUUAUAAAAUGAGUCCAUUAUAUUCUGUGAUCUGGUACAUAUUUUACAUCAUUGAAAUAGGUAAUUCUGAAAAGUUUGAAAUAAACCGGUUUGUGAGAGAAGGAUGGGGAAAUUCUUUUAUGUCUGCCCUUUCUGAAACCUUUGUGUCUACUGUUGUAUAAAGAAAACUGACAACUACCAUGAAUUUCCUUAGCUACUGCACAAUAUAGAAAAAAAUAAAACUAUAAUGAUGAGGA